GAUCCACCUUUGGCGCCCAAACCUGAUGCGACAAGGCGUCCGGAGGAAGGUUAUCCACCGCAGGCGCGAGAGACGCAGCCGAAAGGCGCCAGCAAGUCCAUUGAUGGUCUGCUUGACGAGAUGGAAGACGAUGAUGGUGGGCCUCUAGUUCCAUGUCCUGACUGUCAUCGCAGCUUCAAAGCAGAGAGCUUGGAGAAGCACAAGAAGAUCUGUAAGCAGGUCUUUCAAAACAAGCGCAAGCAGUUCAACAGCGCAGCCAAUCGUCUGGGGGAGUUUGACAAUGCACAGGAGCUCAUCGCGAACGCCACCAAGAGUGAGAAACAGCGCGCAAAGGAGAACCAUUCAGAGAAGCCCUCGACGAAGAAGGAGAAAGGUUCUGUCCCGAAGUGGAAAGCACAGUCCUUAGCCUUUCGCCAGGCGAUUCUCGCUGCCAAGGGAGCCUCGGGGGAUUCGGAAGCGGCCAAGAAGGCCGCUGAAAUACAAAAGGAGUUGAAUGCUGCCAACUUGGCCUCUGGAGGAAACGUCAUGGAAUCUGACAUGGUGAAAUGUCCCCACUGUGGCCGGACCUUCAACGAGGAGGCAGGGCAGCGUCACAUCGCCAUUUGCCUAAGAGUGAUUUCUCUACCCAUCGAGGCCUUCCUUGACGCGCUGGAUGGACCACCCCAGCAAGGGACCUCAGCCUAUGGACAUGUUGUGAUCCAACAUCCCAUGAUUUUUGGUGGCAGGCCACUCUUGCUGACCAUCGACGUCCGCUCCCCCGCAGAGUUCGAAGCUGGCCAUAUCCCAGGAGCCGUAAAUGUUCCUCUCUUCGACGACGAAGCCCGGGCCCUUGUGGGGACAGACUUCAAGCGCAAAGGUCGCUACGAGGCCAUCCACCGCGGGUUGCAGCUGGCUGGUCCGAAAUUUGCGGAUUUUCUGGAUGCUUUGCAGGAACAUGGUGCCAAAGCUGGUGGCCAUCUAUUGGUUUAUUGUUGGCGCGGUGGCAUGCGCUCGGGCUCUAUGGCCUGGCUCUUCUCCCUCUGUGGCUUUCAGGUGAAUACUCUUCAAGGUGGUUACAGGAGCUACCGUCGAUGGUGUAAGACAGUGGUGGGUGAUGCCAACCUCGCUCCUCCUGCCCCUGUCUUGGUUCUUGGUGGCUGCACGGGUGUGGGGAAAACCGCCAUCCUCCAUGAACUUCGGAAAGUGGACCAGCAGAUUCUGGAUUUGGAGGGAUUGGCCAGGCAUCGGGGGUCUGCUUUUGGUGCUACCUCGGAGCCUCAGCCAAGUAACGAGGCCUUUGAGAACAUCUUGGCCUUUGCGGUGAGACGAGUCACUCCUAAGAAGCCUUUGUGGAUUGAGCAUGAGGGCAAACAUGUGGGCAAGGCAUCGCUUCCCUUGGGGAUUCUAUCCUGGAUCACCAAUGCAACAGGAGCUCUGGUGAUGCUGACCAUGAGCAAGGAGUUGAGGGUCCGCAGAUUGGUGGAUGACUACUGCAACGAUCCGAAUCUGUCGAAGGUGGAACAACUCGAGCAACUCAAGAAUAGUGUAAAUCUCCUGUCGAAGCGACUGGGUGGGCAGCGGGUGAAGGAUGCCCUGCGUCUGUUGGACGAAGGUCGUUGGAACGAGGUGGCCGGUAUGAUGUUGGAUUACUACGACAAGCUCUACGAAAAAUGGGCCUCCCAAAGUCGUUGCGCCAAAAUUCAUGUGGACUGCCCCACCAUCGAUGCCAUCGACAACGCGCGGCGGGUUCUGAAGGCGACGGAACAGUUGCCUCCCAGCUUCGCCUUGCCGGCGGAGCCGCCGGCGGAGCCGCAGCCAUCGUUGCCAUCGUUGCCAUCUGCGGCGCCGACGCAGCCCAGGUAUGAAGGACGCUGUCACUGCGGAGAAGUGAAAGUUCUUUGCUAUGACGAUGCUCGGGCGGUGAGCUACUGCCACUGCUCCAUUUGUCGUCGCCUCUCCGGGGCACCCUUCUCCUGUCAAGCGCUCUUCACCGCUGCAGAGGCGCCAGUGGUAGCAACCGAGCAACCCAAAUUCAUGGAAAAAAUCUGUUGGUUUCUGUUGUUGAACUAUUUAUAA